CAAGUCCCGUUCGGAAGUGGAUUUAUUAUUGGUGGCAAACUUCAAUUUUUACGAGCAAAUGUCACCAAAUUGGCACCACGGGACAAAAAUGACCUCUAAAAUAAAGCAGUGGAGAUUUCGACCCGACACCCCCACUCACUCUGUUGGCAGAGACUCCCCACAGCCGCUUCCCAAAGCAUCCCGCCUCUGCUGAGUUCUGUAGAGAGUCGAGCAGAUAAAGAGACAGCUUCGCAACAGCACGACAUUGUGAGAGUAGCCAAGGAAGAAGACGAUAGUAGCUGUAUACGAUGGAUAACAAAGGAAAAGGAAACGCUGCCUUCAAGGCUGGCUUGAUGGACGAUGCUGUGAAAUACUACACGCGAGCGCUACAAAAGGACCGUCGUGACUUUGUCUGUAUGGCCAACCGAUCCGCGGCGCAUCUCAAGCUCGGCAGUGCCCAGGCGGCUCUGGACGACGCGGAAAAGUGCAUACGCAUCAAGCCCAAAUACGCCAAAGGCCACGCCCGAAAGGGAGCUGCUCUGCACGUCAUGAAACGUUACAGUGAAGAAGUACAAGCAUACAAAACUGGUCUCGGUUACUGCCCCGACGACAAGACGCUCCUGCAGGGCCUCACUACUUCCAAAAAGUCUCGAACCCACAAUUCCAAGGCCAGCCAGGCGGCCCGCAAAACCAAAGCCACGAGACAAGCUGCCAAUUCGCGUGGUGCCAAAGCCAAAAAGUCCCAGAAUGUGAGCCAAUUUGUCAUUCAAACCAAAAAGAACCUGGAGUUGCAAAUGGCGGCUCUGCAGGCCCAACUGGAUAUGGUCAAUGAACUGGAGAAAAUGAGCAUUGAAGAAAAGGCGGAUUUGCUGUUUAGUCUGAUGGACAAGGAUGGUGGAGGCACAAUUGAUGCCAAAGAAUUGGCAGAAGCGUUUCGGAAACAGAAUGAGGGACUCUCGUUUUCCGGGAGUAUUGAGAAAUCCAUUGAAAUGAUUGCCAUCUAUGAUGAAGAUGGAGAUGCUGAAUUGGACAGAGAUGAGUUUGAGCAGUUCCUCAAUCGGAUGGUGUCGGAUCUACAAACCACCUUUGAUGAGUUUUGUGAAUUCUUGGUUUAUCAGAUCCUCUUUGCCGAUGACACGGCCGAUGGGGAAGAUGUCGACAUUAACGAGUUGAACCAGGAAGUCAAACAACGAGGUGAACUACUGGAUUCUUUGAGCGACCCACGGAUGAAAGAUCUCUUUGUUCUAUUUGACGGUGACGGCAACAACUAUGUCAGCUUUAAGGAAGUGGCAUGUGGCCUGUAUCAUUUGACCAACAACAUGGAGGAAUCUGCCAAAGCAACCACCAAUCUAUUGCUCAUGCUGGACAAGGAUGACGCACGAAAGCUGGACUACCCCAAAUUUGCCAAACUCAUUCUUGCCAUUGCAGCCACAUCCAAUGCUUCCUUUGAUGAAGUGGCAGACGACUUGACACUAGCAUUGACAACCAACGGGGGCAGAAUCGACAGCAAAGCCCUCAAGCUUCUCACAAUCGCGGAUGAGGCAUAUGCCAUGGCACGAGAAAAGGAAAAGUCGCUGAAGAAGAGCAUCAAACACAUAGAUCCGUUCUCGUACCAACGAGUAUUGAAACUGUUUGAUUUGUGGGAUGCGGAUGGGAGCGGCACGCUGGAUUUUGAUGAAUUGUUUGAUGGAUUACGAAGAUACCAAGCCGCAUCCAACAAUGGUCAUAGUCGGGAGAGUGUAGAGAAAGGGGUGAAAAUGCUGAUGGAGGGAGAUGUAGACGGAGACCAACAACUUGACCGCGACGAGUUCGCGGUUUCGAUCAUGAAGUAUGCCGAGGCUGUGGGGACGGAUUUGCACGAGCUGAUUGACUUUAUCUGUGUCAUUGCUGGUCUGAGCUAGCACGCAGCAGCGAAGAAAGAGGCCGUUUCCAGUUUCCGCUCUGCCUUGCUCCGUGUUGUUUUUGAACCCAGCCUCCCGACUCGACUCAUCCGGAUUCUCGGCGCGUUGGGAGUGACAGUCCUGUCGUGUCAAUGGUCCUGUAUUUCUGCAUGGAUCUAUGCAUUGUCGGUUUCGCAAAUGACCGAUCAGUGCCGCCCUUCCUGUUUUGGCAGCCCCCCCUUGAACACCAAACUGUGUGGCCAGACUCCGAGUACAAAGUACCGUAUUGUAGCAGGGGAACGGGCGCAAGCAGGCAGACGAAACUAAAUGUACAUGUACUUGAUCCUUCUAAAGGUAAGGUAGCCCGGACUGGAAAAAUACUAGCUUUUAUAGGAAGAAACAACAGGAAGCCGCAUGAAUGAAAAUGCCUGUCCAGUGCAGUGCAAUACAAGCCAGCUUAAAGACACAUGGAUUGGACAGUAGGUGCUUUCGCUACUUGGCUACGGUAGUAUACUUUUGUCCAAUGCACGAAGCGAGGCAGUAUGAAAGGUUCCUAAAGGUCGAGCGAAGUGCAAAGCAGCUAGCGUUGGUUUUAACUUGCACAAUCGUAUAAGCUCGUCGUUCCCUUCUGACCUGAUGAGAAGUCCCUACUGCGUAUUGCGACAAGAGAGCUCAAGAGAAAAGGCGCUCAUGCAAAGACAACAAGACAACGAAGAGCUCAACAAAGUGUGAAUGACGAGCGAAGUGCUCUUCUUUUGCGGCGGUAGCCAAGAUCGGUUCUGCCGAAAUUUUGGAUCUGGCUAGCUGGGAGCGUUGGUGGAAAUCGUGUCAAUUCGAACGGCAGCGUGCAGAGCAUAGCUGGCUAGGGUUGUUCUUGUAACCUUGCCUCCAGCUCUAGCCAUCUAGCCAAGAUCGGCGCCUCACAAUUUCGGAAUGGCAGCGUUGCUGAGCCCAUCACCAGUAGCUUUGCUAGCUAGUUGGGUCCAAUAAUUCAUGGGCAAUGCCUCUGGAUACGUUGCGACAAAAAACGGUACGAUAAUGUUCCUAUGCCAAGGGAGAAACACGAGAGCAAAAACAAAAGACCAAGUUAGAAACACGAGAGCAAGCAAGAAACACGAGAACUGUAAGCCUAGUAGACUACUGCCGGUACCUGGUACCGUACUGCUCUAUUUACAACAGUUCGAUUCCCACAGCGCAGCAAAAUUACAGG